ACAGCAGGAAAAGUUAUGCUACCGAUGACAUCUUCAAGCCUGAAGCACGAAACAAUCGAAAUACCGAGCGCAAAACCCUAUUCGGAAAUCAAACUUCGCUUGACCAUCAAAAAUCUCAAUCCCAGCGACUUCGAAUAUUAUUACUGCGUUGCCAAGAACACUUUCGGUGAUGCCGAAACUUCCAUCAGACUCCAGGAUACGAAGCCGAGUCAUCACAAUAAGAACGGCAACCAGAGAUCCAACAAAUCGAGCAAAUCCAAGCAUAAUCACAAAAUGCAUGAAGGAAAUUCAAGACACGGAAACCUGGAUGAAGACGACGAUGAAAUUAUUUACGCUCCGACUCCGAAAGAAGUCAAUUUAUUUGAAGAAUCCGCAGCUUUCAGGAAUUUCACCCGUUCCGAAAACGACCACUUUAUGUCAAAUUCGGCAGAAAAAAGAAUAAUGGCGUUGAUCAGAUCUUUUUGUUUGAUCGCAAUUGUGUCACUCGGCGGACUACUCCUAGUUAUUCAGGCAGAUGAAACCUUCUCAACUUCUGAGGGAACUCCACCGACAUACGAAACUUAUGAACCAGGCGUGAAGAUAACACAUGGAUCAGGUAGCAGCGUAGAUGAUAACGAUGAUGUUUCUGAACAAACGAUUCAGGAAGAUCCCCAAAUUACAGAUAAUGCUGCUUCGAAAAGCACGGAUGGCGGAAAUGAUGCGGACGCGAGUGAGGAAAACACGACGAAGAAGGGUGAUUCAUCCACAAUGCCUCCAGUUUUGUCAUUGUCUUCGAUUUUGCCCAUGGAAUCCAGUCAAAAUGGCGAGACUGAGGGACCUGCCGAAGGAAAAUCACCUACGGAAGGAGGAGGACCUAACGAAGUGGGAGUUAUGAACAAUGUAACUAUUGUUAACAAUGGAAGUUCUAACCAUGGAGGAGGACCUAACGAAGUGGGAGUUAACAAUGAAACUAUGGUUAACAAUGGAAGUUCUAACCAUGGAGGAGGACCUAACGAAGUGGGAGUUAACAAUGAAACUAUGGUUAACAAUGGAAGUUCUAACCAUGGAGGAGGACCUAACGAAGUGGGAGUUAACAAUGAAACUUACCAAUUGUUACCUUCAAGAUUGGUACCUCCUCCUGGAUUGCUUCACCCUCAAUUAUUGGUACCUCCUCCUGGAUUGCUUCACCCUCAAUUGUUACUAACUACCGUUAACAAUGGAAGUUCUAACCAUGGAGGAGGACCUAACCAAGGAGGCGGUCCCGACAACGGAGGAGGAGGAGGACCCAACCAAGGUGGAGGCCAUGGUCAUGGAGGAUCGGGCGGAGAACACGGUGGUCAUCACCACCACCACCAUCAGAACGGAAAUGAAAUAACUAAAGUAAAAUUACUCCCAAGUGGACCAAAUGCUGGCGACACUGUUCUCCCCAGUUGCGAUGAUUGCACCUCGUCAGAAAUUGCCCUCAACGUUCCGUUUUCCCUCGGAGGCAUUCCGUGGAGAAAGGCUUACAUCGCGACGAAUGGUAUCAUUUCAUUUGAGAGGAAGGUUCGUUGGUACGCCCCUUCUUGUUAUCCGCGGACGAGCACCGCAGUGGCGCCGUUUUGGUCGGACGCCGACACGAGACACGGAGGUUACGUGAGUUAUCGGCAGACCCAGGAUCCGAGGAUCAUGCGUCGCAUUCAAGAAGAUGUGUCCAAGUACUACCCGAGGUCCGAAGUACCGGAACCGAGGUCUGCUCUUAUCGUCACUUGGUCUCAGGUCCAACCCUUCGGGUCCAAAAGAACAUUGAAGAACACUUUCCAAGCUAUCCUUGUGUCAGUUGAUCGUCACAACUCGUUCGUCAUCUUGAACUACGACAAUUUGCAAUGGAUUUCCGGUGCGAACAACAGAAGAAAGCCGGCAUUUGCUGGUCUAAUAUUCCCAGGAUACGAUUCGGAUGAAGGUGCCCUCGACCACGUUCUUCUUCCACUUUCCUGCUCAACAAUUGCCAAUUUUCUGAGUAUAUUCACAAACACGGACAAGAUAGGAAAAUAUGUUUAUUGGCCAACUAAAAACAGGGUGAAAGUGAGCCCCGAGAAUAACGAAGGAAUACCCGACUUUUUCAUGCCUUUCGGACGGCAAACCGCGGACGAGAAACUGGCUGGUGGCUGUAGAGGAGAUUGCGUCUCUGACGAAAUAGAGUUUUCAGUCUAUUUCGUAUUCGGUAGCGCAUUGGUGGAUGACGUCUACAUUCACAAAGAUGGCAAAGUCGUGUUCCCCAUUGAACACGAGCCCCGUUGCGGAGACCACGACAGGAAAUUAUUCAAAAGAUCGGCUUCUUCUUCCGGCACUCGUGGUGGACGUCAAUCACGACAUGAGGAUGAUGGAGACGAUGACGGAUACGUUGGGUGGAGGGAAAUUAGGAACCACGCUUUAGACCACGAUCUGCUGCGAAACGAAGGCGACGCUGUUCACACUUCUGAAAAUCCUAUAGCAGGAGUGACAAUUGAUGACGCACUCAUUCCUGUGACGCCUAUUAUCCCCGAAAUUCCGAAUCCGUGGACAGUGCUAAAAUAUGCAACCAUGUCACCAGACGGGAUGAUGAGCCCAAUGCCCAUCUACAUGGAAGUCAAUACCACUGCGCAGUUGCCAUGUGCAAUCAGUUUCAAUGUCUUGGACAUUGUGGGCUACGGAAUUCCGUCAACUGGACAAAUCGUGCUCCAGGCGAACUGA